AUGGUCUUCAGGGAUCCAAACCUCCACUACCAUGCACUCAGCCAAGCAAAGAAUUAUAACACACACUCCCCCCAAGUCCCAAAUAAAACUCUGUUGAGUCUCCAAACCGCUCCUGUCUCUGCAGCCGAUCGCCUGAACGCAGGCCAGUCGCUGGGAGGGGGACAGUCACUCGCACAAGGCCCCUACAUAUUCAUCAUGCAGAAAGACUGCAACCUCGUCCUCUACGAUAACAACAAAGCAGUCUGGGCGACGGGGACCAAUGGAAAGGCCUCCGGCUGCUACGUCACGAUGCAGCGUGAUGGUAAUCUCGUGAUUUAUAGCGGCACCAGGGUUAUCUGGGCAAGCAACACCAAUCGCCAAAACGGUAACUACUAUCUCAUCCUCCAGAGAGAUCGCAACGUCGUCAUCUACGACAACUCCAACAACGCGAUUUGGGCAACUGGCACCAACGUUGGCAAUGCUGCUAUUGUCGUCAUCCCGCAUAGCAACGGCACGGCGGCUGCAUCUGGCGCGGCGCAGAAUAAGGUCAAGGAACUGUAUCCAUGAUUACGGUCGGAGAAGCUGGAAGAAGUAUUUAUAGUUAGUAUAUUCUGAAUAAAUUGGUGUUGGAAACCUGGGUGCUCUUGCCGGGAUAAUUUACUUUUCCAGUUAAGUGUGUCGGUGCUGUAUGAAUAAGCAUUAGAUAUAGUGUUCAUCUAAGUUUCCAUAUAUGACAUGAGAAUGGCUUUGCAUG